GUUGCAUUCCCUUAUCACUCGGCCCUCGAUAAGAACUUUGCUACAGAAGGCGGUUUCCAGCAAAAGAAGUGGUUUAGAAGACAGACUGCUGGAGUGUAGUGUUGUCACGAAGAUAAACAAACAACGCUCGAUGGUCGGAGGCUGCGUUUCCUGAAACUAUCAAAACUCCAGACAUCUUUUGACCAGGAAGAUUUUCGUUUUGAAAACAUCGAGAGCUCGGGUGACGUCUGGUGUGAGAACCCGCAAGAUGGCGCGUCUUUUGAUGUAGCGUUUCCGGUGGUGCUGGUGAUCCUCGCGACCCCCAGACGUCUACUUGCACAGACGACUAACUACCUGUGAAGGGGGGGACUAGCGGUUAGCAUCGAGGACGUGAAAGGCCAGGUGCGAGGGAGGCGGGGCCGCGCUGGUCUCCUCGCGCUCUCACUCCCACACUCGUGCAGACAGCGUGACGUCACACGAGUGAGAAGUUGGCAGAGACGGUGUCGACCCACGAUGAUCUGACACGUUGGGGGUCUCUUCUGCUUCAAAGAUCGGGUUCCUUCCCUCCGUGGUGCUUUUGAAACCAAGCAGGCUGCUGCUACAGAGACCCAGUGACACUUCUGCUUUGACAGGACACUUGUUUUCAUUCAUCCAUUUGUCGGAGGGAUUUGCAGAUCUCAAGAAAUAAAACUUCAAUCAGAAUAGUUAAGGGAGGAUCGAUCUACGAACUAGUGUCUUGCGACUGUUGUUUACUGUUUACAGGUAAGAAAGACGCGUGAUUAUGGUGCUUCUUAGCACGAUUUGUACACAAACAAGUCGGGGGUCGUUGCUGCUGCUGCUGUUGUUGUUGACAACCAUUCUCGGUGACAUCAGCAAUGGUGUGCCGACAUCAGCAAACGACGCAGCGCCGGCGCCCGGAACCAAUGAAACGUACGAGCAGGAGGCCAGGAACCACAUGUGUAACGCUCAGUGCGACGCCUUCUGCUACGAAAACAGACAGGAGUGCGGCAAGUACUGUGAUUCCACCAGCCGGCAGUGGAUCUUUCAGUGCAACGAGACUGAUGGGAUCAUGAAAUUUGGCUUUCUCACCUUACAACCCCAGUAUCGUGUGAUAUAUUCAGACUGUCCUGGUUCCUGCUCGGUCCUGCUGGGCAUUGGACCUGGUUACGUGCCGCCAAAGCCGGACCUGGUGCUGCAGAGGAACGUACAGACACGUAGCGUGACGUUGAGCUGGGACACGCCCACCACUGACCACAGCAUCAUGUACGUGGUGGAGGAGAGCCAUCUGUAUCAAAACGAGCGACUGACCAACGUCCACUUGGUUCUGGGAGACGAGUACACACACAAGGACAUCGAGGAUGUGUGCAUCAAGUUCAGCUAUCGGGUGGCAGCCGUGUCCCAGUAUGGGUCCCGCUGGUUCAGUAACGACAUCUCCACCCCGGAUCUCAACCCUGGAGUUCCAGCCGACUUCCAUUCCAGUGAAAUUGUCUUCGACCAGGAGUCUCAAGAGUUCCACUACACUCUUCAAUGGUCCACACCCAGAGGUUGGUGGACCACAGACGUGGGGAUGUACCGCAGUGACUUCGACAUUUCGUGCCCAGGCUCGCUGGAGCCGGUGUAUGUCUACCCUGAAAAGGCCGAUCGCGUGGGGGACACCUACACUAUGAAAAUCCGGGUGGCAGAUAAUGGCGCCGGCUGUAAGAUUUCGCAUAAGGUCAGCGCCACCUCCAGGUGCCGAGAAGACCUGACGAGUUUCUGGGAGUAUGUCAAUGUGGAUCUGACUUGUGAAAAGAUUAAAAAUAUUUACACCGGAAGCUACUGCGCCCCACCACCGUUCAACCCGCCGGGCAACAUCCGCAAGGUGCAGGUGCACGUGGUGCCCAGCGUGUACGGCCCUCAGACACACGUCAGCUGGGACCCGCCCACUGACCUGGGGUCAGCAGGUGUCGUGGGCAGCUACGUCGUCUUCUACGGUCUGCUGGACAGCAACCUGAUAGGAUUUGUUCCAGACACCUACCAUAACACCACUGUACCCGGGAAUGUACACCACUCUGUAGUCCCUGCACACACCUACGGCCCAGGAAAGAAUUUUGGUGUGAUGGUAAUGGCAGCUGCACCUGGCCAACACAUCGAGGCCCCCAUCGGCAUCGUUUUCCCAGUCGAGGUUCCAGAUUUUGGUGAGAUCCUGUCACCAGAGGACGAGGUAGCCGUGGUCUCCAUCCCCGGCAGCCGCUCAGUUCGAGUGUACUGGGAGCCACCCGACCCCAGAGAGCAGCCAGACGUGCAGCGGGUCGCUCUUCAGUGGGGGAGGCUGAAGAAUCAGGACCUGCCUGUCUUCAACGACGACCUCCACAAUGAUACCGGCGAGGUCAGCCAGCAGCAGACACAACCGCUGUAUCAGAGUUUGAACGACACGGACUUAGAUGUUGAAAACGCAACUAUAGUGGAAAAGAACUCCACCUUCUACGACAUCACGGACAUACAGAGCUCGGGGCUCUAUGGAGUGAAGAUUAUGAUGCUGUCUGCCGACUGGGAGGAUCCUUCCUUGAUUGCCCCCGACGACUGGAAAGCUACACGAACGCAUUUCUUCAAGAUGCCUGAAGCAGGUACGCAGCAAAUGGCCACAGAAACAACCUCCUCAACUACUGUGUCAGCCCACUCGCAAACUCCAGUGCUGGCUGCAGCGAUCACCGUCCCGUUGGUGGCGACGGGAGUGGCCAUGGUGAUCAUGACUUGGUUCCGGUGGUGGCGACGGGAGAAGCUGGUCCACCUGCUGAAGGUGGAGCGGCCCGAGUCACGUGUCUACACUUACUUCUUACCGCGCGACAGAGAGGAGACUGGUGAUGACGAUGUGAACGUGGUGGCGGACGAGUGGGAGUUGCCUCACAGCUGUCUGCAGGUCGGCCGUGAGCUGGGUUCGGGCGCCUUCGGCCAGGUUUUGAUUGGUCGGGUGUCACGUGCCAUGCUGCGUCACCGCGGCCUUCCGCAGGACUACUUUUCCACAUGCCAGCUGGAAUAUGGACGAGGAAGUCCGUACAGUGGAGACGAAAAUGAGUUCGUGCGAGUGGCUAUAAAAAUGCUGAAAGACGACUGCGAUGAGAAGAACAAGACCGAGUUUCUGCGCGAGAUCCGCCUGAUGAAGGAGCUGGGCCACCAUCCUCACGUGGUCAGCAUGCUGGGCUGCUGCACGCUGCGGGAACCCUACUGUCUGCUGGUGGAGCACAUCAGUAGUGGCGAUCUGCUCAAGUACCUCAAGUCCGUCAGACACAGCCUGACCUCGACCGUUGCCAGAGGCCGGAGCUACGAAAACAUGGAUGUACGGAGCCUGACCUCACAAGACAUUCUUUCUUUUGCACGACAGAUCGCACUCGGCAUGGAGUUCCUGUCCGGCAAGGGCUACGUACACCGCGAUCUGGCCGCCAGGAACAUCCUGGUGGGCGACGACAACCACGUCAAGAUCGGCGACUUCGGCCUGGCACGUUACGUGUACACAGACAAGGUCUACGUCUGCAGGCGGGGGGGCAAGCUGCCCCUUAAAUGGAUGGCAGUAGAGUCCAUCUUCGACUUGACCUUCUCGACUUACAGUGACGUGUGGUCGUUCGGAGUGGUAUUGUUCGAAAUCGUGACCCUGGGAGGAACCCCGUACCCAGCCAUCUCUGUUCGUGAUCUCCUACAUGCUCUGAAGAAUGGCUACCGCAUGGAGCGUCCUGACAAUUGUUCCUCAGAGAUAUACGAGAUCAUGCGAGCGUGCUGGCGAGAAGUCCCGAGCGAGCGGCCCACCUUCUCCAAGCUUCGCCAAUUGAUACAAGAACUACUGGUCGACUCGUCCGGGGCGCAGUAUCUGGACAUGACCGUGGACACGAACAAAGACUAUUACAAUUGUCCCUCAGACGAGUCGGACCUCACACCGGAUCUGGAGUCGUUUGACUUCCCUCUGGAAGACGAUGACAGCAGGUUGCACAGAAUUGCCCUUCCCCUCAGAACAGCUCUGGCCUCGCAGGACAGUUGUCGUCUGGAACAAGAUGUAACGGACUGUAGAGCGUCUUUUGGGAGUGAAUAUUCAUGCCUUGAAGGAAACAUUUCCGGAAAGCUAAGAGACUCGUCAGGUGCUGUGACAAAAUCCGUCAGUGAGUCUGAAAAUGAGGAGCUUGACCAGGACGCUCUUCCUGGACGAACAUCUGACAACGACAAAAAAGCGGCAGUAAAGAUUGGACUUGAUCAUUUUAGCGACUUGGAGGAGAAAGUAGUUCAUCAUUCCGACAGUGUUACAAUACACCAGUCUGACAAUAUUACAAAGAAAAGAGUUCGCCAUUCUGACAUCAUCAUAGAAAAGGAAAUUCUGCAGCCAGAAGAAGACCAGGAUUUAAGUGAGAAAAUGGAGGAUGAAGGAGAUCAGGAGGAGGAUUGUGAAGACGAUAAUGAGUACGAGGAAGACGGUGGUGUUAACGGCCAGGUGUGGAGGAUUCCACGAAGCGUCACCGGGCCAGACGCCCUGUGGGAUGAUGUCUUUGAGGAGGAGGAAAGCGACUGGGAGGCCCCACCACCCCCGCGACAAAAACGGUGUCUGACCAACUCCUUACGGGGGGAUUGCCAUCCGCGGAAACUGUUGGCCGUGCCCUGCCUCUUCCCAGAGUCGGCCGCCAUCAGCCAGCUUCAGACGUUGACCUGCGGGUCAAGGCUACUGCGACUGGGCAGCUGUGGUGAGUCCAUCUCUACAUCUUCGUCCAGCGGGGAAUCUAUCGCCCCUUACCUUCCUCUCGGUGGCCAGGUGUCUACUGGUGAUAGCUUCAUGUCAGCAGCUUCUCUCCACGCCUCGCUGAGUUCGCAUCGUCUGGACCAGCAGCAACCGACAAAGCAUCGACAUCAGCAGACACCACAGCUGCAGGCCACCCGUCAAUGGCAAAACAGUGAGGAGACGGCGAGGAUGGGCUGUGCUAGACAACAAGCAGCGGGACCUCGGAGGACAAAAGUUUAUUCCAGAUCGGGAGGCGAGGCUAGAGACGAAAUGCUUUCUUAGCUUCAAGUUGUUGAAGACACAUAUAUCGGUGUAGGUGGUGCUCGGUGACGAGUUUUAUUGCUCUGCUUGUUACAAACUCUGCAAGAACAGUCUGACCGCAGUUAAGAUUUGCAAAUGCACAUGCUUCAACCCAUUUUUUUUUUUUUUUUUUUUUUUUGGAAAUGUUUAGACCGCAUCUCAUGAUUAUUUUUAUUGUAUCCUAAACCAAGAUUGACGACGAGACAGAUAUGACUGAAUGUAGCAGCCACUUGUAGUUCGAUGUCUACCACUGCAGGGCUCUGCUGUACUGACAUUGACAUUCUUUACUCUUUUAUCUAUUGUGCUAUCGUAAUUACAUUCAUUUGUUAAACGUUGUUUCAAUACUGCUAACUGUACCGGUGAAUAUUGUACAUGAACCAUGUGAUGCUUUUCGGUGUUACCUCAAAUUUCCGCGUACUUUGCCUUAGUCUACUUAAAUGGUCUGUAAGGGACAACACAAUUGAAAAAAAAAACCCCAACUUUUUAAUUCUUUUGGAUGUUCAUUGCGUCUUGCGAUUUUAAGACUUGCAUUUUUAUUCGGAUUUAGCGCCUGAAACAACACUUUUUUUUCACAGAAUUAGCUAUAAGAAACGACUGUCUGAUCACUUGAAUACGGACUUUGUAAUUACCCGUUACUCUUUUAUUCAUAUUUUGGUUGUUUUAAAGAUAUUUAUAGGCUCUAUUUUAUAUAAAAUUUAAAAUAACUUUUCUUGAUUGAUAUUUCUAAGAAGUUUUUCGAGCGUUGUAUUAAUCAAUUUACAUAAAAUUGCCAGUAAAUUAAUAAAAUGGACAGAGGUUCAAAUUUGUGUUCGUGUCAGCAGAGAAGGGGAAUUGGGUGUGUGGGAGGUGUAGGGGACACAAGCCAGAUUUCUUUAUUCCUAAUCGCUCUUGCUAUGGUUGUCUCCCUUGGACUAUGAUCAAGACGCGUUGUUGUCGCCAUGAGAAACGUUAUUGUGUUUUUACAACCUUUUGAGUAAAGAGUGCAUUUAUCCAGGUAAGCCUGUCAACCAUUUCUUUUCCAAAAGGUAAGCGUAUUAACCAUCAAGCUACUGAGUAGUGAUAUUACAGAGACAGCGAGAGAGAGUUAAAAGUAAGGAUAUGACAGAGACUUUAAAGUUAUGACAUUACAGUGUGUGUGUGUUAAAAGCUGUGAUAUUACAGAGAGACUGUUCAUAAACAUAUACAGAAUGACUGUUGAAAGUGGUGGCUUUUUGUUGGUUUGGAAGAAGGCAAGGAUAUUUUUAUUCAUUUUUGCUUGUUGCUCCUCAGUCCCAGAGUGGAAGCGAAUGAGUCUGGAACAGGUGAGGCACUGGAAUUUUUACAAUAAUGAUAUUACAAUAAACGCAGACUAGUCUAGAAGGGAAAUUGCUAGUGUCCAUAACUAACACCUACUAGGCGGAAACAAGAGAUAGGUCAACUGCUUUAAUAAUGCUCUAUCAUCUCGCUUGCAUGGACUAGUGCUGUGUCCUCCAGAUCUUUCUCUUCCUUGUCUCUGCCUCACUCCUCGUCCCACCCCUAAUCAUCAUCUUUUCAACUCUUCUCUAACCUUAAUGCCCAUAUUCUCCGAUCUUUUCCCAUUUUGUGAGCAUUUAUUGAAAACAAGUUCAUAUCAGCAGACAGACAACUAAGAUGCAGUUAUACUGUUUUAGAACCAUUUUGUUCGACCAAGGCUGCUUAGAUUAAAUAGCUAGCAAGGUUGUAAACAAUAAGUAAACAGAUCGAACAGGGUGAGUCGUCUCUUCCUUUAUGCCAGUGUUUGUUUCAGCUGUUUAGUCGUGUAGACGUCUGCUUUGCUGUCAUUGUUGAUGUUCACUCGUGUCUUUGCUGGUAUCCUUCCCAUGUGCUCAUGUCUGAGUGUGUGAUAAACCAAGAAAAGGCAAAUUAGUGGAAGGUCAAGGACUCGGAAGGAGACUGUAGGCCCCCCCCUACCACGUGCCGUACACUGGGUGUAAGCCUACCAACCCACCCCUUCACACACACAUAACCACCACCACCACUUCUCAACCACUUGGCCAUAGCAUAUUUGCAACUUUUAAAAAACUUUUUAAAUCUUAACUUGUAAAUGUAAGACUGUCGUAUUCUUUUACUACUUAAAAAAAAUUGCUAUGUUUGCUAUUGCAACAAAUAUACAUUGACACCCAGCCUUUCUUUGCGGAGCCAGUACAGAUUUUAUCUCCUUAUGGAGUCUUUUGACUAUUGACUUGUUCCUUCUCGUUCAAUGUUGCUAGGAUACGACACUGCCUUGGUAGAAACGGACCAAACGUGUAAUCCCUAGUUUUAUUUAUUUUAUUUAAUUAUUUAGUUAUUUUGCUCUUACUUAACCUGAUUGUGACCGAGUCCGCUGAUCGAAUUUCGAAAGAAAAAAACUUGCCUUAACUGUCAUGAGAAGAAGACAUGUAUCGGUGCUUAUAACUUAAACAUCUUGUUAAACAUUGCUGGAAUGGACGUUGGUGAAUUGUGUAAAUAAAUUGUAUAAAUACA